AUGAAGAAUCUUUCUGCACAAAACAUUUCAUUCACAGACUUCAAACUAAAUGGUUUCUACAGCUUAGAAGAAUGGAGGCCUUUUUUGUUCAUCCCUUUCUUUCUCAUGUUAAUGCUGUCAAUCUUUGCUAAUUCUAUACUCAUAUAUUUAAUAAUAUCACAAAAGUCUCUACAUUCUCCUAUGUAUGUACUAAUAGGUAUGUUAGCAGUCGUGGACUUGUUAAUGCCAAUAGUGUUUGUACCUCAGAUGCUUCUUAGCUUUUUAUUCAGUUGGAAUGGGAUAUCUCUGACUGGCUGCUUAAUUCAAAUGUUUGGCCUUCAUUUAGCUACAUCUUUUCAUUCGACUUUGCUUUUGUGGAUGGCAAUAGACCGUUAUUUUGCCAUUUGCAGACCUCUUUAUUAUCAUAAAUACACAGAAAUCACUAACUUUCUAAAGUUUGUUGUCGUGCCAGUCAUCAGAAAUACAGCCUUGGUUAUGUCUAUUGUUGCCCUCGCUGGAAAUCUGUCAUUUUGUGUAACAAAUAUCAUUGAUCACUGUUUUUGUGAGCACAUGGCAUUGGUUCGGUUGGCAUGUGGUGAUAUAUCUAUAAAUAACUUAGUUGGACUUUUGACUGUUUUCCUUGUUCCCUCUGCAGAUUUUAUUCUUAUUAUUGCUUCAUAUGUUGUUAUUUUUGUCUCUGUGUUCAGAUCUGGUAAGAGUCAUAUGAAGGCCAUUAAUACCUGCAUUACUCACCUGAUUGUUAUGUCAGUUUCUUUGAUUUUGGCCUUGACUGCUCUUCUGUCAUACAGAACAAGAAAUAGUUUUUCUUCUAAUACCCAUAUAUUUGUGAGCAACAUGUAUAUGCUUUUUCCAAGUUGUUUUAACCCAGUUAUUUAUGGAGUUAGAAUAAAAGAAAUAAGGCAAACAUUUCUAAAGUUUAUAAAGAACAUAAAGGUCUUACCCUCAGAGGCUCCUGGGGCACAUGGCGUCCUCGGCAGGGGUCAUCCCCCUCGGGUUGAUGCAUAUGAGACCGCUCCAGCACUGGCUACAGAGUCGGGUCCGAUGGAGAGCAUGGCACACGGGCAGCAGGCGAAUGGUGAUCACGCCUUGGUCUUCAAUGACCUUUCUGCGGACGGGGGUCCCCCUUGCACAGAGGUCAGCAGAAGGGGAGGGCUGCCUCCAAACAGAGAUUGGCGCACUGGAUUGUGGCACCGACACUACCAGUCCCAAGGUCGCUUCUGGCUGUUAGAGAAGCUAGGCUUCCGCCUGUAA